UGACUGUGUAACCGGACACCAAAGCUGCUCUGCUUUUCACUGUGCACAAGAAAGCUGGGUCCACAAAUACCUGCCAGCUGAAGCAGACCGUUUAAAAGUAAACUAAACUAAAUUAAAACUCGAAGGAAGUAACUACAGUCACCAUGAGGCUCUGUUUGAGGAUUGUCUCCCUUCUUUUUGUUGUUACUGGGACUUUAACACAAGACGGAUUUGACCUCUACGAUGCUCUCGAUAAUGAUGAAGUACGACCUACACCUGCGAAACCCAAAGAGGAACCAAAAGCCCCAGAGGAUCCUAAAAGUGACGGUGGGCUCGACCUUUCAGAUGCAUUUGGACCAGCUGAGCCUAAGCCGACCCUUAAGCCGACCCCUAAGAAACCGAGCUCAGGAGAUGCUGGUGGUGGCGACGGAUUUGAUCUGGGGGAUGCUCUGGGUCCAGACCCCAACCCCAAACCUGACAAACCUGUAGUGAACCCACCACCCAGCGGAGGAGGCGGAGGAAAUUUCGAUAUCAACGACUUAGCUGAAGCUGGUGGUGGUGGCUACAAGCCCGAUGAAGGCCCAGGAGGAGGUGGUGGCUCGGACCAAGGCUAUGAAUCUAACGAUGGUGCUGAAGAGCCUCAAGCAGCAGGGUCUGGAAAGAUUGCAGGGAUUGCCAGCGCCAUAGGAGUGGCUCUGUUGGGAGCAGCGUCCAGUUACUUCGCCUACCAGAAGAAGAAGCUCUGCUUCAAGAUACAAGGAGGUGUAGAUCCAGAGAGCGGUAAACACCAUUCCGGUAAUCAGUCUGAUCCUCAAGUUUUCAGCAAUCUGCUCAGGACGUCCUAAACACAGCGUCUGAUUUCUACUCAAGAAAAGCCAGUGGCCUUCUCUACAAAACGUACCUUCAAUCAACGGUCUCUCUUAAGCCUUAUUAAACAACCUAAGGGAGCAGUGUGUAGGAUUUAGGGUGCAGAAAUACAAUCUACUAUUCCCAAACAAGUUUUAUAAUCACUAAGAAUGUUUUCAUGAGCUUUCAAUGUGCCCUUCAUAUAGGGAGUCUACAUAUCGCCCCGCAAUGAUUCAACAGCGUUCAUCAAACUUUUUUGGUCCUUGAAGGCCACCGUAGUUUGCAUGUCACUAAAUCCCACACACUGCUCCUUCAAAUCUAACUUGAAAAUAAAUAUGGCACUUAUGUUUCAUCACUCUUCCAUUCACUGCUGUCAUCACUAAGAUGAUAAUAGUUUGUGUGUUACUACUGAACACAUGGAAUCAUUGUCCUGUUUUAACAAAUAAGUGUUUCUUUUUGCACUCCAACAUUUCUUUGUUUUUUGUGAAGCAACCCUUUAAUGUACACCUCAGUCUGCCUAAAUACGGGGGAUUUUCCAAUUAAAUAAGGUAUUAAAAUAAUGCUGCCCUUACAUUUGAAUUCACUUACUUGGUGUUAUAUUUAAAAUUGAGUCCCUCCCUCCCGAGUUUUUAGUUUGGUCUCUUUCCGUUUCAAAGUCUUCCGUAAAAAAAGAUUUGGCUUUUUCAAAAUAAGAGUAACUAAGAACAUUAGGACUUUAGUUCUUUGAGUAAGGCUUUUAUUGUGAAAUGUUUAUGACAGAAAGCUUUGGUUUCUUAUUGAUGGUAGCUUAACAACAUUUUCUUUAGAAUGAAUGAGACAUUAUUUCAUUUUGUACAGAUAUGAAUCUACAGCAUGGUACAGCAAUGUUUUACCUUGUAUGACAUUAUCAUCAUGUAACUGGAUGCAAAUCCAGCGGAAGGAGCUUUUAAUAUGAAAUACUGAUUGUUUCAUUUUAAGAUCUAAUAAAUGUAGACAGUGAUGUGGUAAAUGCUGAAAAUCUUUUGCAUCCCAUAUGUAAAUGUAACAUACAGUAGAAGCUUUUUGUUUGUUGUUGUGUUUGAUAUUCCUUGAAGUUUGACCCUCUUUGUCUUAUAUUGACAAAGAAUCUCAUGUGUAAUAAGAAAGGUGCUACAGAGAAUUAGCAUCAUUAGCUCAUGGUUUGCCAUUACAGCCCAUGCUAGCAUCGUUAGCAGCUAGCUACAUCAUUAACAUAACCACUAUAUAAGGUUUCAUGCUCCCAGCUUCACAACAAACCAUGAACAAGACUAAACUUUCCUAUUUGAUUUCAGAAAUAAUGUUUUAGGAGUCAGUCGUAGACAGACGACUUUUUGCAGGCUGUCUAUCUUAUCAGUUUGACUUCAGCAGCGCUCUGAGGCCAUGCUGAUGCACUUUUUGUCGCAGUUAUGAUAAUCAGAAUCAGGUUUUAUCCUCAGACUCGACCAUGAGUCAUGCCUUUAUUGCAAAGUAUCAUAAAUCAGAAUGAUUGCCUGAGGGGAUUGUUGUUAUGACGCUGAAAUAUGAGAGUGUGAGCUGUAAAUACUGGAGGAUGUGGAUAAAUGCUGCUUUCAGCUUUUACACCAUGAUCUGCUUUGAAGUGUUUUUGGGAGGUUUUUGUCAUGUCAUUUACAAGCUUAGAUCUAUUCCAGGUCUGAUGUGUGUGUGAGUUUUUCAAUAAAGCGGUGUUGUACAGUU